CUAUUUAAAGGCGCCGCACGGAGAAGGUGCUCUUGUCACUCCCGCGUCCCCUUCAUCCUCAGCUCUCGUCUCUUCCUCCAUCCGCCGCAGACAUGUCUCCAAGGAAGUUCUUCGUGGGGGGAAACUGGAAGAUGAACGGUGACAAGAAGAGUCUGGGGGAGCUGAUCGCCACCGUGAACAACGCCAAGAUCAACGCGGAGACAGAAGUGGUCUUCGGUGCCCCCUCAAUUUACCUGGACUUUACCAGGCAGAAGCUUGAUGCAAAAUAUGGAGUAGCCGCACAGAACUGCUACAAGGUGGCAAAGGGCGCGUUUACUGGGGAGAUCAGCCCUGCCAUGAUCAAAGACAUCGGUGCCACCUGGGUAAUUCUAGGGCACUCCGAGAGGCGACAUGUUUUCGGGGAAUCUGAUGAGCUGAUUGGCCAGAAGGUGGCGCACGCGUUGUCUGAGAACAUUGGAGUGAUUGCCUGUAUCGGGGAGAAGUUAGACCAGCGUGAGGCCGGAAUCACAGAGAAAGUUGUGUUUGAGCAGACAAAGUUUAUCGCAGAUAAUGUAAAGGAUUGGAGUAAGGUUGUUCUGGCCUAUGAACCCGUCUGGGCCAUCGGUACCGGAAAGACAGCAACACCCCAACAAGCUCAGGAGGUGCACAUAAAGCUCCGCGAGUGGCUGAAAUCCAACGUCUCUGAACAAGUUGCCCAGUCAGUCCGCAUUAUCUAUGGAGGUUCAGUCACUGGAGGUACCUGCAAGGAGCUGGCGUCCCAGGCUGACAUUGAUGGCUUCCUGGUGGGAGGAGCAUCAUUGAAGCCAGAAUUCAUUGACAUCAUCAAUGCCAAGCAUUAAUCUGUUCUGUUCACCUACUACUCCCAUCAUCCUUCACGUUAUAGCAGUGUUGUGGCUCUUACGUCUUUCGUUUACAUGUGUAUAUUAGGCCCUUGGUGUGAGCCGCCUCUUCCCCAGGUGACUCUUUGUGUACAGGAGCCGUGCGGUUGAUCUGUAAUAAUAAAAAAAAAAAUAAAAA